UUUAUCUGUCUAUGUGGGGGGUCUGCCGCCUCUUCGUGCUUGUUAGUUCCCUCCCUCGCCGCCGCCCCCUGCCCCCACCUCCUCGGGUUUUCCUUUGCUCGGAAGAGAAAUCGGUUCCCGUAGGGCUGCUUAGAAUCCAGGUGUUAGAAACUGUGCCCUUUAUAUUGCCGUGAUCAUCCCCCGAUCAGCCCUAGUUUGGGAGAGAGCGAUAGCUCGUGGAGAACGUUAACCGUCCUGAUAAAAGUGCGUGCGGCCACUUUAGAGGAACAUAAGGAAAAUAAAGAUAAUGCGGAGAAAGGUUCACACACUUGGGAAUGCUCGAAGGACUUGAAGCACCGAGUGGAAGAGAGAGGCUUUUAAGGAUAUGCUAUAUUCAGCCCAGGACCAAGCACCGUCUAUGGAAGUUACAGAUGAAGAUACGGUGAAGAGGUAUUUUGCCAAGUUUGAAGAGAAAUUUUUCCAAACUUGUGAAAAGGAACUUGCCAAAAUUAAUACCUUUUAUUCAGAAAAGCUUGCAGAAGCUCAGCGCAGGUUUUCUACCCUUCAAAAUGAACUUCAUUCCUCAUUGGAUGUACAGAAAGAAACAAGUGUUGUGUCUACACUUCGUAAACGCAGAAAUCCAGUUUUCCACUUGUCCCAUGAAAAGCGUGUUCAACAUAGGAAUAUUAGAGACCUUAAACUGGCCUUCAGUGAGUUCUACCUCAGUCUUAUCCUGCUGCAGAACUAUCAGAAUCUGAACUUUACAGGGUUUCGUAAAAUCCUUAAAAAGCAUGACAAGAUCCUGGACACAUCUCGUGGAGCAGAUUGGCGAGUGGCCCAUGUCGAAGUGGCACCAUUUUACACAUGCAAGAAAAUCAACCAGCUUAUCUCUGAGACAGAGGCUGUAGUGACCAAUGAACUUGAAGAUGGAGAUAGACAGAAGGCCAUGAAGCGUUUGCGAGUUCCUCCUUUGGGAGCAGCUCAGCCUGCACCUGCCUGGACUACAUUUAGAGUUGGCCUGUAUUGUGGAAUAUUUAUUGUAUUGAAUGUUGCCCUUGUUCUCACAGGUGCAUUUAAGCUUGGUGAUGAUAAGAUGGUAUGGCCCCUAAUAAGAAUCUAUCGAGGUGGCUUUCUCCUAAUUGAGUUCCUUUUUCUGUUGGGCAUCAACACCUAUGGUUGGAGGCAAGCAGGAGUGAAUCAUGUGCUCAUAUUUGAACUCAAUCCCCGCAACAAUUUAUCCCAUCAGCAUCUCUUUGAGAUUGCUGGAUUUCUUGGGAUAUUGUGGUGCUUGAGCCUGCUGGCAUGCUUAUUUGCUCCAAUCAGUGCUAUUCCCAUACAAGUUUACCCACUUGCACUAUAUGGAUUUAUGGUUCUCUUUCUUAUCAACCCCACCAAAACUUUCUACUACAAGUCCCGGUUUUGGCUGCUUAAACUCUUGUUCCGAGUGUUCACAGCCCCCUUCCAUAAGGUAGGCUUUGCUGAUUUCUGGCUGGCCGAUCAGCUGAACAGCCUGACAGUGUUACUUAUGGACCUGGAAUAUAUGAUCUGCUUCUACAGCUUUGAGCUCAAAUGGGAUGAAAGCAAAGGCCUCUUGCCAGAUAAAAUGGGAGGAGAAGAUGAUGUUUGCCACUCAUACACCUAUGGAGUGCGAGCCAUUGUUCAGUGCAUUCCAGCAUGGCUGCGAUUCGUCCAGUGCCUGCGCCGGUACCGAGACACAAAAAGGGCCUUUCCUCACUUAGCUAAUGCUGGCAAAUACUCCACAACUUUCUUCGUGGUGACAUUUGCAGCUCUUUACAGUACUCAUAAAGCUCGAGAUCACUCAGAUUCCUCUGUGUUCUUUUAUCUUUGGAUUGUCUUCUAUGUCAUCAGCUCCUGCUAUACUCUCUUCUGGGAUCUGAAGAUGGACUGGGGUCUCUUUGAUAGGAAUGCUGGGGAAAAUACCUUCCUUAGGGAAGAGAUUGUCUACCCCCAAAAGGCCUAUUAUUACUCAGCCAUCAUUGAGGAUGUGAUAUUGCGUUUUUCUUGGACUAUCCAAAUCUAUGUCAUCACCCUAAAUCUGACCCCUCACGUUGGGGAUAUCAUCUCUACUGUAUUUGCUCCCCUUGAGGUUUUUCGACGGUUUGUAUGGAAUUUCUUCCGAUUGGAGAAUGAACAUCUAAACAACUGUGGUGAAUUUCGUGCUGUGCGGGACAUCUCUGUGGCUCCCAUGAAUGCAGAUGAUCAAACCCUGCUAGAGCAAAUGAUGGACCAGGAGGAGGGGGUGCGGAACCGUCAGAAGACCAGGACAUGGAAGUAUAAUCAGAGCCUGACACUACGCCGACCUUACCUGUCUCAAUCCAAGGCUCGUGAUACUAAAGUAUUGAUAGACGACACAGAUGAUGAAGCUAACACAUGAAUUGAAUCUAAAUCUACAUCCUUUUUUCCCUCUAUUCAACAACCCUUUCCUUGACCAACUCAGCCUCUGGUACCUUUCCAGCUAAAAACAGGAGAAGACAUUUAACACAUUUUCCGAGCUCUUCUGGAUCGGAUCCUAUGGACUCCAAACAAGCUCACUGUGUUUCUUUUCUUUUCUUCUGGUUUAAUUUUAAUUUUCUACUUUUAAAAUAAAUAUUUACUUCAUUUUGCCAAUCAGAGGACAUUUUAAGGAAAAAAAAAAAACAAAACAAGUUAUCUUAAGGAUUGUUUACAAUCACAAGGACAUAGAAAACUAUCCGGAUGAAGAACAGGCGCAGCAAGGACCCAAUAAUGGGACAGUACCGAGAUUACUCGGCUUCUGCUUGGCCCGGUUUUGACUGGUUAAAACCGGACAUUGAUUUUUAAAUUUGUUUUGAGGUUUUUUUUUUCUUUCCUUCAUAUCCAGCGCAAAGGCACUGGCUGCACUUGCAGGGAAAGUGCACUUAGAGCAGUACCUUCAUUCACGAAGCUACUUUUUAAUUUGAUGUAACUUUUCUUAUUUUAGGGGAGGGAGGGAAAGGGAGGAAACUGGGAAAUAGGAUGUAUUUGUUAUAUAUAAUUUUCUCAUUAUUUAUGAUACUUAACCAUAAGAGAACAAUCUCGUGUCCUGUGCAAUGAAGAUAAUAACAGUAAAAAAAAAAAAAAAAAAAAAGUUAGGGGGAAUCUAUCCUUGGAUGUUUUUCAUAAGGUUCCAUCGUGCAAUGCCUCUUUCAUGAGACAACUUGUACUUGUUUGAUAAUUUCUUUCUUUUCUUUUCUUUUUUUUUUUUUUUUUUUUUUUUUUAAUUUUAAACCAAAGUUUCUGUUUCUGAUUUUUUUUUUUUUUUUUUUAGUUGCUGCUGCUUUGGAAACCUGAACAUGUCUCAUGACAGGUCCAUCCUCACAUUUUCACAUUUUUGAGUGAAAAUUGUGAAAAAAGAUUCUGAGAAUUAAAAAAAAAAAAUUAGAGAGAUGGAAUACAUCUACCCAUACUCCAUACUCAACUGCAGAAGUAGCCAGAUUUUCUAUCAUAACAUAGCUUUGGAGUUUAGGAUAGUUGUAGCAUGAUCUUUGCUAUCUCAGAGUUUGGAUUAGGAGACCAGGCUGUUUCAGAGACUCUACACCCUCAUUAAAUAGGGAGUCCCUCAAGAUUUCACUUACUUCCACCAGAUUCUGAGCAAAUAGGAAUCUGCCUAGAAGAGGAAAUCUUUCUGAGCACAUAGAACAAAUUAACCUUCAUCUUUCGUUUUUGCAUUGGCCACAUGAAGCCUUUAUAGCCAUUUAUCCCAGAGGUUCUAAAGAGAUGUAUGAUCAUUGGAUCUCAUGUUCUUCCAUAGGGAGGUAAUAUACUUUUCAGUUUGUUAGGUCUGCCAUUUAAAGGAAAGUUCCAUUAUUCAGUUAUGAUUUCUACACACUGCCUGUGUUAUUUUUAUUUAGUCUUUAUCCUGUUAUGACUUCCCUUACCUAACAAAAUAAGUUCUAAAGCCUUGAUUGACAGUUCAGUCUUAAAAAAAAAAAAAUUAUUUGGAGGUAAGGGACCAAUCUUAAUUAUCUACUAACAAAUAAUAGAAAAUAGUACCAAUGUAAACAACAAUGUGCUUUCUAUAAUUCUAAGGUCCAAAUCAAGAUUUUGAAGUGUCCAUCUCUACCUUUGUUGGCUUUAUUGGCAGAAGUCACACUGAGCAUUUAUAGUUAGCUAUCAACUAUCCUCUUCCUGGCUAGCCUUGCUGUACAUAGUCAACACCAGUAAUUGCAUUGAAGUAAAAUACUUCUCUUGCUCUCAGCCUUAAUUUUAGACUAAGGCACAAAUUAAUAGAGGCAGCUGUAAUCACUAAUUCAAUCUUUAAGAACAUGGCUACUGUAUCUGUCAUAUGGCCUCCUUGUUUAGUGCUUCUUCCCUGUAUCCAAAAUAUGAUCAUACAGGUGGAUCACAUAAAGAAGUUACUAUUAAUACUAUUGUGUCAAGGAGUAAACAUGUGAAAAAUAGUUGUUUUUUAAAAAAGCUUUUCUGUUUAAUAUGGGUAAUCUUCCCUAAAUUUGUUCCCCUUAUAAAUCUAGGGGGGAAAAACUUUUGGAUCAUUACCUUAUUUUGUGGCUUUUAUUCCUUUUUUUGUGUGUGUGUUUUGCCAAAUAUUUUUCUUUGCCAGAAAAAUGGAGGGGAGGGGAAGUAUUUUAAUUAGGUUUCCUUUAAUUUUAGUUUUUAGAACUGAGUCUUUUUAAGUAAUCAGUGGUAGUAAUUUAGUGGCUCUUGGUAGAUUAAGGGUUUUAGAGUUCAUACUUGGACUUAACAAACUAUUUUGUUGUACACUCUAGAGCCAUAGGAAUAAACUACUGGUCUGCCAAGAAACAUGAGUUACUAUAAUUGAAUUAUUAAUAUCAGUUGAUGGGUUGGUUAUUUUCUGUACAAAUGGAAUAAAUAGUACUCUGUGUUCCCAAAAUCAGUUUAAAAUGAAACUAACAUCCAUUUUCCUUCUGGAUUUCUGUAAAAUGUAUUACCAUAAAAUCCUGCAAUUGGCCUACAGUAUGUAGGAAUCCUGAUGGUCUGUUUGUUUUUCCCUCAAUGUACUCCACUGCCAAUUUGGUCUUUGUUCAAAUUUUAGAACCUUAGUCCCUAAUAAGGAUUAUUUCUCUUAGGAGAUAAAAAUAUUUAAAUUUUAAUUAUCCAGGACACAUUUGUCCCAGUUAGCAGAAUCCAUUUUAGAAUAAAAAGACUUUUAACUACCACAUUAGAUAUGUAAUAUUUAUUUAAAUUUAUUAUUUUGUGCUCCUGUUAAGGCAAAAAGGAGCAAAGAGCUUUUUCUCAUACUAAUCAAACUACAUGAAUUUAUAUUUCUCUUUUAAUAAGAAAAGUAUGGACUGUGCUAUUCUUUCAACUAACAUAUACAAUUUUGCCAAGUGAUCAGAAUUUCUCUGAUUUCUUGCUCCAUUGACCAGACCCAAGAAAGCUUGCCCAAUGCUGAGCCCUAUUUUGUGAUUUUUUUCAGGGAGUUUUCCCUGAAGCUCUCAACAAACAAAUUAUCUAUUUAAGGAAAUGUACAUUAGUUAGUCAUAUAAUCAAAAAAUUAAAAGGAUAAACAACCCAGCCCCUGGUAAAAUUCACAUGUUUAGAUAAUCUAGUAUUGUUCUUGCUUCAGAAAAAAAAUCAAUUAAAAUGUCCCUUGGAUAAAGGAAUUAAGAUACCUUAAAUAUUAAGAAUUCAAAAUAUUUGUUUUUACUUUUAUGGUUAGGUGGCAUAGAAAAGCUGGUAAUGUAGAAAGAGAUUAGGAAGCUAAGAAAAAUUUUCUAUGUAUGAAUAAGUUUGUGUAUUUGUGUCAAGUGAGUGACUUGACAAAUGGUUUCAUAUCUUACUGUAAUCAAAGAUGAAAUUGCUUUUAGUAAAAUCCUCUAUUAGAAUGUGGAGAAGUCAAAAUCCCAUUCCUCAAUCUAUCCUUAUACUGUUUUUCCAUAUUAUCAUUUGAUCCUUUUAGCAUUCCACCACUAAAUUCCCAUUUUCAAAAUAUGUAGUCUUGGAGAAGAUGAAGCCAAUGGCCUCAACAGCACUUUUAUAAGAGAUCCUAAUUCCCAAGAUUAAUGAUGAUAGUACUUCCCCAGUUCUUCCCACUCCCACCCCUAGUCUGUUUAAUCUCAUUAAUAUAAGGAAAGUUCUGAAGACAAUAACUCUAACCUCCUCCUUUGAGAUAGCUUGCAAUUUACACCCACCCAUAAUUCUUCUACAAUUCUAAUUACAAUCAGAACAUCUGGAUAAAAAAUUAUCUCUAUCUAUAGACAAAAUAACGUGAGGCAAUACUAGAGAAAAGUGAACCAUUAUUGCUAUUUGUUGAAGAGAAAUGCAUUGUGAGUAGCAAGAGCAAAAAAACAAAGCAUAUAAGAUAUUAACCAGUCUGAUACUCUAUAGAAGUAGGACAGCUAGGAACCUGCUUGUUUUUAGCUCCUGUUUUUGAAUUUUUCCCCCAGUAGUUCAUACAUUAGUAAUGGACAAUUCCUUUUAUUUUCCUGUUCAUUUCUCUGUUGUAGUCACUUGUUUAGAGUGAGUUCAUUAUGCCCAAAUGUAUUUUAGAAAUGAAUGACUAAAGGAAUUUCUCCUCUUUCUACUAGCCCUACCAAAAACAAGAAAACAAAAAACUUAAGCUGUUGGCAGGAAAACAAUUUGUUUUUCAGAAGAAUAUUCAAAUACUUAAAUACAUUUUUCUUCCUAUUGAGUCCAUGCCUUUUACAGAACCUGAUAUGUUGACAUUGAUUAAAUUGACUCCAGAGGUACUUCACAUGAAAGCUUCAAGCCUGAGACUCCCUGGAAAUUCCCUACUUUGGUUAUGCUUCAUUUGGUGGAAACAAAUUCUGAUUAAACAACAUUGCUCUGAAUUGCUGCCACUCAAAUCACAAUUUUUUAAAACUCAAUUAUAAUCUUGAAUGUUAACAAUUCAGGUAAAAGUGAAUACUCUACAUUAGUGAUUUGCCCUACUCCAUUCUCACUAUUUCUGUUGAAAAUUUUAUAUAAACCUAAUGUCACUAAAAGAUAACCAUUCCUCUAAAAAUCAACAACACUGAAAUAUCUUUUAAAAAGUUGGGAAGAUUGGGAUAACAGAAAAUCAGGUUCACUCUUCUUUUGAUCAGUUUGUCUUAUUGUUCCUCUGUAGAGGAUCUAGACUUAUUAUUGAUCAUAUGUGUGACCUGUUUAACUAAAUCAAAGAAAAAUUGAAUUACAGAAUCUUGAACAUUACUUAAAAAAAAAAAAAAGCCCUCCGUCCAGACAACAUCCUUACUAGUCUAAAAACCACUUUAGAUUCUUUACUGAUCUUAGUCUCCUAAUUUUAUACAUUUUAUUAUAAAUCUCUAUAAAAUUAAGUUAUUGUGGUAUCUGGGUGUAGGAUGUGGAGAUAAAUGGGGGCUUGAGAAAAUAAAUAAUGUUAACUUGGAAGUUGCAAGCCAGUAUGUAACCAGCAUUUAUUCACCCUCUGCUAAUAAAGUAAGAAAGAAAAAGCAUGUUUUUGGAAGAGCUUGAUGUGGAUAUCACCAGCCUUCCUUUAUUUUGUUUUGUUUUUUAAGACAAAUUUGACCAGGAAGAGGAUACCCAUUAAUUGGUUGCCCUUCUUGAAUGUUUUGGUAGUACAGAGGAAAACAAUCAUCUCCUGAAGAACAACCCUCCUGAAUUAAUUUGCUUAGUAGGCAUGAGGAACAGAAUGAGGAUUUGUCCUGAAAUAAGAGGAAUUAUUAUACUAACUUUAAGCUGGAACUUGUUUCAUCAUUGCAAUUUUUAAAAAAUCAAUCUUGUUCUGCUUUGUGGUGCCAUCAACUUAAUGAGGACAAUCAAAAAACCCAUUGUUUGCCUUGGACUCUCAAUGUGUCUGGUAAUCACAUAGACAACUUGUAUACAUUUAAACCAGUUACUUGACUGUAACAUAACCCAUGCAACCUUAGUUCUUCCUAUUCUCUUUUCCCUGCACCACCACAAGUUUAACGAGAACUGUAGCACCAAGAGAAAGGUGUAGACUUUUAAGGGCAAGGAUGAUGAUAUAAUAUUCUUUUCUUAUUAUCCUUGGAGCCCAAAGUCUGACCUUCUUUCCUUGUGCCCAGUAGCAAUACCAGCAUGGUGGGAGUAAGGGGGAAGACUAUAGGAAUUCCUAGGAACACAACUAGAUGGUGACAAUGUUAUUCUUUUGAGUUUGUAAAAUGAAUUGUGAGCCCUUUAGCAAGGACAGCAAAGCACCUCAGCUUUUAAAACAUUAUGUGAUGAUUAACUUUCUUGCUCUUUCCUGAUUUAGCACAGAGGUUUGUAUCAAUGAACAGUAUUUGGAAGGGGUAUGAGGUGAAAAAUGUAUUUGUCUUCGAGCCUCUCCUCCACUAUUCCCUUUCUCUUCACCCUUCCCAUGCUGUGUUGGUCUAAAUGAUGAUGAUUCUCUGAAGCCCUAAACUGUAGUUGUCAAAAGUAACUAUAAAAUGUGAUUAGUCCUCCGCGGGUGCUUCUUUCUUUCUUUUCUCUUCUUUCUCUUUCUCACUUUCUCUCCACUCUUGGUUCAGUGGAAAUAGUGAGGACAAAGAAUUGCCGCUUGCUUGGACUCAUGCUGUAACUGUGACUGCGCUAUUAGCUGUCUCCUUUUUCCUUCUCAAAUGGAUAGAAUUCUGUUGAAGUGUGGAGUAACCUUCUUGAGAAGUAGGUUUAAAAUGCACAAUGUGGUACUGUUUCAUAGUUUCUAGAUGGUUGUAUAAAGCAAAAAGUUAAUGUGGUUAUGUGUUUUUAAAAGAAAAUAAGUGAUUGGUUACAAAACUGUUUUUCCCCCCAUUAUUAUAAGCUCUCUUUGUUUUCCAACGGUUUUUAGACUCUUUUGUCACUGCUGAAUGGUGUCUGUUGCUUUUUAUCUGUGUUUCCUAAAUUUUUGAAUGUGAUUGCUCUUGAGUCUACCUGGGAAUAGAGCAGACGUUUCAAGGGGAAAAGGUUUUGAAGCUUUGUCUUAAGUCUAUCCUGUGUAAAAUCUAUAUGCGUAUUAGUAAAAAAAAAAAAAAAAAAAAAAAAAAAUUAAAACUAUUUUCCUCAGAAUGUAAUAGAUAAACCCACAUUCCCAGUCAAUCACCUUUGCCACUGUAGGGACCAGGGACCACAACCUGCAGCUUCUGGGGCUGGGGUGCCAGCUGUAAGCCUUCCUGUACUCUUAAGGUCUCCAAAGCUGACACCCUGGGACACAGAUUCUGGCUCUACCUGGGCUCUCCUCCACCUCUCCAGGUCAAAAAGUGUGAAGGAUCUUACUUAUUCCAUUGCCUGCACAACAGGCCUCCCAACCCCCACUCCCCAAAAAGCAAAAAAGCCAAUAAUCCACUCUAUUCCUACAGGCCACUGAAAUCCCGACUUCUACAGCUGAAGCCAACAUUGCAGUCGUUGCAAGUAUUAUCACAGUGGUCUUCGUCACCUUCCUCUCAGUCCUGAUCAUGAUCAUUUAUCUAUCAAAGAACAAAGGCAGCUAAAUCACCUGAGAGCCCCCAGAGAGAGAAGCCAUGACUCUGCAAAUGGAGAGUGCCUCAGUCCAAGGGAAGAGAAGAAAGAAAAGUAUUUCAUCUGACCUCUAAGAACUCCUCUGACCUCUAAGGGCAAGAUACGGGAACUGAGUGCUUAAUUUAUUAGAUGAAAGAUGCAUCUAAAGCUAGAGAUGAGUGUGUGCUGUCUCUGAGGCAGAAUCCAGGGAAUCUUCUCACCUUAGUGCCAGCAUCAAAGAAGAAACUCUCCAUUACACAGGAUGUUGACUCUCAUUUAUAGGAAGCAGAGAACAAAAGCACCAAAUUAUCCACAUUUGGGAUUUAUCUGUCCCAAAUCUGAACAGAUCUAGGCCUUAAAUUCUUAGCAUUAGUAAAAAUGUAAAGCACAUAUGCAGAUAAUAUGAUAUGUGUAUUUUUACUUAAUUUUAAUUUAUAUAUAGGUGAUACUGUACCAAUGAUUAUGUACAUCACAAAAAUGGCCAAAAAAGGAUUAAAAAGCAAGAGAUAAAGAUGAAAUAUGAUAUUAGAGGCAAUAGUUAAACUGAAGUUUUUUUAAGUCAAGGAGUGGCAGACACAAUUUAGGAAAACCAUUUUAACUAUUUGUGGAGCAUGGAUUUGAAAAAGACUAAAGGCAGGCGAUUCUGCCAAAUAUUACUUCCUCAACAUAGGCAGUGGACUAGCUGCCACAUUCCUACUCUAGGAAAAAAAAAAAACUAAAAAUAGUAACA